CUUUCUUACCACCCUGUAUAGUUUGGGGAUACCUUUUUGUAUGUCCUAUAUUUGUGAAAGAAUGGAACUUCGUUUGUAAACAAGAGCUCGACUAGAGAUAGUUUUAUAGUUUGACAUAUCAUGUCAAGAUAAAUUUAGGCAUAUAUCCCUUACAUAACUUUACCAAACUUAAAUACCAACUAUAAAUCGUAUCAAGGACAAAAUAAUCGGUUACUAAAUAACCAAAACCUAACAAACGUUACUACCAAAUUUUCAACUGUAAUAGUAGUAAGAUGUUUACUAAAAAGGUGAUUUAAAUAUGCAUAUGAGAAUUCACACUAGUGAAACACCUUAUAAAUGUAAAAUUUGUAGUAAGCUGUUUGGUCAUCUAGUGGUUUCAAUUAUCAUAUGAAAGUUCACACUGGUGAAAAACCUUAUGAAUGUGAAAUUUGUAGCAAUCCGUUUACUAUGAGAUGUCAUUUAAAUACUCAUAUGAAAUGUUACAGUAGUGAAAAACCUUAUAAAUGUGAAAUUUGUAGUAAGAUGUUUACUAGAGAAGAUGAUUUAUUGAUGCAUAUGAGAAUUCACACUGGUGAAACACCUUAUAAAUGUGAAAUUUGUAGUGAACAGUUUGGUCGUCUAAGUGGUUUCAAUUAUCAUAUGAAAGUUCACACUGGUGAAAAACCUUAUACAUCUGAUAUGUUGUUGUACUAAGCAGUUUACUAUAAAAAGUAAUUUAGUUACUCAUAUGAAAUGUCACAGUAGUGAAAAACCUUAUAAAUGUGAAAUUUGUAGUAAGAUGUUUACUAGAGAAAGUGAUUUAAAGAUGCAUAUGAGAAUUCACACUGGUGAAACACCUUAUAAAAUUUGUAGUAAACAGUUUGGUCGUCUAAGGGUCUAAGUGGU